AUGCUAUUUAUCUUGGAGAGAAUAUUUUCACUUCUUGUCAUCUCAAAUCAGGAACUAGGUAAUAAGACUUGGCUCGAUUUGGUUUUUCACAAAGUGUUCAGCAAAUCUGAAGACGAAAGUAUAGACUCUAGCACUGAUUCAAGUUGUUCCACUUAA